AUGCCGACCUCAAUUUCCCUCUCUGAAACCAAGGUGAAGCUACAGAAGAUAUGCGCAGAGUCCACCGAUGGCUCUCGUGUGUAUGAUCGCGGGGAGGCAGGCUACUACAAGAGCAUCGCCCAUUUUGUAAUCAGUAGCACAGAGCCGGCAGAAUUUGCCGUCGAACCUGGCAGUGCGUCAACACUAGCCAAGGUGAUGAAAGUGCUCGCAGAAGACAAGGCACACUUCGCAGUCAAGGGCGGAGGGCACGCCAUGAACCCACAUUUCAGCUCCACGAAGGGAGUGCAGAUCUCUAUGGCGCGCUUCAAUCAGGUCGAGUACGACGACACAACCGAAGGCUUGGCUGUCGGCGCUGGGAAUAUUUGGGACGACGUUUACGAUAUAGCCGAAAAUUACAAACGCAAGGUCGUCGGGGGGUCCUCCAAUCAGGGCGUUGGUGUCGCGGGAUGGCUCUUGGGAGGAGGAUACUCCAUGAAGACGAAUAAGUACGGCCUUGGUAUUGACAAUGUCCUCAAAUACCGGGUUGUCCUUCCCGACGGACAGAUCUGCGUGGCUACGGAGAGCAACAGCUACAGGGACCUGUAUCAAGCUCUCAGGGGUGGCGGUAACAACUUCGGUAUCGUCACUGAGUUCACCCUCAAGACAUAUCCUCAGUUCUCGGUCAAGGCCGCUGCUCUCUUGUUCUCAGGGACCCAAGAAGAAGCCGUGAAGUCUGCUAUCGUAAAGUACGUCGGCCACGAAACGCCCCCAGAAGCCGCCGUCGUCUCUGCAUUCAGGCACACUCUGGUGAACGGCAUACCAGACUACAACAUAUCCACCUACUGCGUGUAUGACUUUGCGGAGCCAGAUGAUUUUCAGGGGAAGCUGAUAUUGUGUUUCCGGCCAUUCUUCAACAUCAUGCGCAUAUACAACACUCGGAAUGCCGGCGCCGCUCUAUCACUGGGUACCAGCAGUAGCGAGGCGCGGGGAACAGUAGACCAGUCCGACGAACCGUACUUCCGUCAGCUGUCAUCCGUGGAAGCCAACCGGCUCGCGUCCUUCCCAUACGACUUCGCGACAGACCUGCCUCUCAGAACAGUAUCAAGGCAGGAUGCUCAGGGUGUGUCGCAUUCGGUCCGUUACGUCGUGGGGCCGCCGCCUGACUCCUCACGCGGUGCCCGCCGAGGUCGGGGAGGGCACUCUCAGGUCGUCGGCAUGACUGAGGUGCCUGUGGGUUUGGGUGAAUUGGACGCACGCGGUCGCUUUGCGUGCAUCAUGGUCUCCAAGUACACGAAAAACCUUGUCGACGCGAUUGCGGCAGAAGCGCGAAAAGCCGCUCAGUUUCUGAGUGACAGACGAGGCAAGCUCGUCCUCAUCGACGUCUGGCCGUUCCUCCCCUCCAUCUUCGACAACAGCCCAGGGGGCGCGGCGUGGCCUCACAAGAAGGGCGAGCCCCUCGGGCCGCUGCUCGCGUACUUCCUCUGGGAGAAGGAGGAGGACGACACAUUCUGGGUGGACAAGAUGAAGGCGGCCCUGGAUAACAUCCUCAAGGUUGCGCUCGCGGAGGGCUGCACCACAGAGACCGCGCCGUACUACUCUAACACGUCGCUCGGGGGCACUCCGGUCGCAGAUAUUUACCGUGAUCACUUGAAGGAGCUCAGCAAGGCCAGGGCGAAGUACGAUCCGAAUGACGUGAUGGGUCAGACAGGCGGCUUCAAGAUACCACUUGCAUAG